AUGGGUACCAUCCGGCCGCUCUUGCUGCUGGUCGCGGCAUUGUGCCGUGCGAAACUGGCCGCUGCGGCUCCCCAAGCCAGCAUCCCUCCGUCUCCAACCGGAUUGGACUGCACGUUCCACGAGGACCACUGGGACUGUACCACCCCCUGCGUGACGCGCACCACAACACGCUAUGGGAUAAGCACCACCGUCACCAACUAUGCCUCCUUCAUUAGCUCCAUGAACAGUGCCUAUUCAACCUCCGGCGUGCCGUUCUCGGGCCCUAGCAUCCCAGUUUACACCACCACAGCCACCUUCGGAAACGGCGCCCAAGUCACCGCUACGGGGUUCUACAACUCCGAGGCUUUGGCAAGCGCUGGCUUCAGCUUCGUCACUACGGUAACGAACGUUGUAUCCUGUCCGCCCACGACUACGCCGACCUUGCCGCCGUCGCCUACAGGAUCUCUUUGCUCACCCCAUGGUGACCAUUGGCACUGCGAACCAUAUCCGUCAACUACCACCGUUAGCUCAUCGUCUUCGGCCACUGGAGCCACUUCCUCGCCUACUGGCACCUGCGAGCCUCAUGGGGACCAUUGGCAUUGUCCGUCAGGCGUGCCGGAGCCCACGACACCCCCUCCGCAGUCUUCGGCCACUGGAACCACUUCCUCGCCUACCGGAACUUGCGAACCCCAUGGUGACCACUGGCAUUGUCCCUCGGGAGUUCCGGAGCCCACGACGCCGCCCCCCACUCACACUGAGCCGCCCGCAACAACAGGGUCCGGCCAAUGCGAACCCCACGGUGAUCAUUGGCACUGCCCGCCCGGAGUGCCUGAGCCAACCACGCCACCGCCUGCUCACACGGAGCCGCCGGCAACAACGGGAUCCGGCGAAUGUGAGCCCCACGGGGACCACUGGCACUGCCCGCCCGGAGUGCCUGAACCCACAACGCCUCCGCCCGGCAACACCGGCCCAUCCCCGACAGGCGGAUCGGGAGUGUGCGAACCGCAUGGCGACCACUGGCACUGCCCGACUGGUGUGCCAGAGCCUACAACGCCUCCACCCGGAAAUAGCGGCCCAUCCCCCACAGGCGGAUCCGGCCAGUGUGAACCUCACGGGGACCACUGGCAUUGUCCCUCUGGUGUACCGGAGCCGACCACGCCGCCCUCGGCUCAAACCCAGCCGCCCGGAUUUGGGGGCCAGUGCGAGCCUCAUGGGGACCAUUGGCACUGCCCAUCUGGAGUACCUGAGCCGGGCACGCGUCCUGCAGGAGGACAAAACACUCUCACCACGAGUGUUAGGCCAUCGACUACCACCCGUCAGUCUGCAGUUGUUACCGCUGGCGCUGACACGGUUGUCACGUCCACUUUCCCCAUGUUCGUGACAUUCUUUGUUGCGAUUCUUUUCGCUGGCGCUCUCUGA